AAAAUAACAAAAUCGUGGUCGGGAAGGUUAGAGUAGCCAAAGCCAUUGGAAUUUUUAUUUUAUACAUUGGAAAAAUCCGUUUUGUUAUUAAUAGACUAGGAAGGGGGAAAAGAAUAACUGAAAGAAAGGUAAUCAAUUAGUUAUUCGUCAAAGUUUCAUUUAUUCAAUGACCAGAAUUAAACGGGGAUAUAUAGCUCGGAGACGUAGAACAAAAAUUCGUUUAUUUGCAUCAAGCUUUCGAGGGGCUCAUUCAAGGCUUACUAGAACUAUUACUCAACAGAAAAUAAGAGCUUUAGUUUCGGCUGAUCGGGAUAGGGGUAGGAAAAAGAGAGAUUUUCGUCGUUUGUGGAUCACUCGGAUAAACGCAGCAAUUCGCAAAGGGGGAGUCUCCCAUAGUUAUAGUAAAUUAAUACACAAUCUGUACAAUAGACGGUUGCUUCUUAACCGUAAAAUACUUGCACAAAUAGCUAUAUCAAAUAGGAAUUGUCUUUAUAUGAUUUUGAACAAAAUCAACCCGGAGUCUUUACCGGAGUCUUUACCGGAGUCUUUACCGGAGGCUUUACCGGAGGCUUUAAAAACUCCCCAGGCUCUCCUGAGAAUAAAUGGAGGUUUCUUCUACCGGACGAGUUAGAAAUUAGUAUGAGAAAUAUGCUAAAGUAGUCAAAAUGAAUGAACACGUUCAAUUCAAUAAAAACAGAUUUCGUUUUUUCCGAUUCAUUUGUUUCUUACGACACGAUACUCAAAUCUAGAUUUGAGUGAAUCUAGAUUUGAGUAAUUAUGAUUCAAGUAAAGAAAAA